CCGCAGGGGCGCUGUGGGGACGGACCGUGCGGGUGCAGCGCCGCCAUGGCCGCCCGAGUGCUGAACGUGAACGUGGGAGUGCUGGGCCAUAUCGACAGCGGGAAGACAGCGCUGGCGCGGGCGCUCAGCACCACCGGCUCCACCGCCGCCUUCGACCGGGCGCCGCAGAGCCGCGCGCGGGGCAUCACGCUGGACCUGGGCUUCUCCUGCCUGCGCACCGAGCUGCCGCCGCAGCUGGGCCCGGGGCCCGGCGAGCUGCAGCUCACGCUGGUGGACUGCCCGGGGCACGCCUCCCUCAUCCGCACCAUCAUCGGCGGUGCCCAGAUUAUCGAUUUAAUGAUGCUUGUGAUAGAUGUGACAAAGGGGAUGCAGACACAGUCAGCAGAGUGCUUGGUAAUUGGGCAAAUUGCCUGCCAGAAGAUGGUGGUAGUCCUGAACAAAAUAGAUCUCCUUCCAGAGGGGAAGAGACAGAGUGCCAUUGAGAAGAUGACUAAGAAAAUGCAGAAGACCUUGGAAAAUACCAAGUUCUCUGGGUGUCCUAUUGUAGCUGUGGCAGCAAAGCCUGGUGGACCAGAAGCCCCGGAGUCUGAGAAUCCACUGGGUAUUUCUGAAUUAAUUGAGGUCUUGAAGUCUCAGGCUUACCUGCCAUCAAGAGACCCCUCAGGACACUUCCUUAUGGCAGUCGACCACUGUUUCUCUAUCAAGGGUCAAGGCACAGUGAUGACAGGGACUAUUCUUUCUGGCUCUGUUAGCCUUGGUGACAGUGUGGAGAUUCCUGCCCUGAAGGUGACAAAGAAGGUCAAGUCCAUGCAGAUGUUCCAUACUCCUGUGACUUAUGCAAUGCAGGGGGACAGGGUGGGUGUCUGUGUGACCCAGUUUGAUCCCAAGCUGCUGGAGCGAGGCCUGAUUUGCACCCCAGAUUCACUUCACACCAUCCACGCUGCCAUCAUUUCCCUGAAGAAAAUUCAGUAUUUCCGAGGAGCUCUUCAGACUAAGGCCAAGUUCCACAUCACGGUCGGCCAUGAGACAGUGAUGGGAAGAGUGAUGUUUUUCAGUCCUGCCCCUGCUAACUUCAAUGAAGAAAUUCAAGAAAAUGUAUUUGAUUUUGAAAAAGAUUAUCUUUAUCAAGAGCAAUAUUUGUCCAAGGACUCGGUUUCUUCAGAGGAGAACAAAGAAAAUGACCAGGCAGGAGAAGUUCAACUCCCAAAACAACAGUGGGCUUUGCUGGAGUUUGAAAAACCAGUCACUUGUCCUAAACUUUGCCUUGUGAUUGGCUCCAAGCUGGAUACAGAUAUUCAUGCCAAUACCUGCAGGCUGGCAUUCCAUGGGGUGCUGCUCCAAGGCAUGGAAGACAAGAACUACACAGAGACUUUCCUUCCAAAGCUGAAAGUCUACAAACAGAAGCAUAAAGAAGGACAGGUGGAAAGGGUGAUGGACGAUUACAGUGUGAUUGGUCGUUCAUUGUUUAAAAAGGAAACAAACAUCCAGAUUUUUGUGGGUCUGAAAGUGAAACUGUCUACAGGAGAAGAUGGAAUAAUAGAUGGUGGUUUUGGACAAAGUGGUAAAUUCAAAAUCCGAAUUCCAGAUGGGCUGAAGCCAGACACCAAGAUGCUGCUAACUGCUGCCUCCAAGAAGAAAUCCAAGGGAGGGAAGGGGGAUAUGAACAAAGAGGAUGAAAGCAGCAAGAAUGAUUCAGCCCAACCUGUUACUAUCUCUCUUAUCUUUAAAAGAUAUGUUUUUGACACACAGAAGAAAAUGAUUCAGUCCUGAGGAAACAAGAGAGGCCUUUGAUUACACCUUAAAGUCCAGACCCUGAAAUGCAUUGAGUUGGAAUGUGUUUCUUGUCCAAACACAUUAGACCUGUUCUUUCCUCACAAACAGAGCCUGGAAGCUUGUGCUGACUGUGCUCCCUUCCAACAUCUCUGCAGUCUCGUAUUGUUCUGUUCAGAUUUGCUUAUUUUGUCAUUUCUGUGAUGUGCAUCUUUGUGGCAUCUCAUCUGGCCCACCUGCCAGAGGAGCACCCUGGGUGCACAUUCUAAUUGCACUGUUUGCCUGGAUAAUUGUGGUGAAGUUUCUCUUGAUUUAGAAGUUUGCCACCAAGUCAGGAUGUGAAUUUCAUGUGAUCCACAAAGUGAAGCUGAUUAUUCUAGGCUUACUUCCUUGAGCAAAGUGGCAGACCAAAGGCAUACUGUUUAAUAGGUGAAAGCUAAAAUGGAUGUUUCACAUUCCUUCAGUUGCAAAUGUGUAAGAUGCUAUCUGAGAGAUGGUAUGGAUGUUUUUUAUAAAUACAGUUUAUAUCUACAAAUGUUUUUCAUAUUAAAUAUAAUGAUCUGUGUA